AGCGUUGAUCGUUACAGAAAUUUGCAUGAUCGUUUUGAUUAACAACACACUAAGAGCAUUGCCUGGAAAAACACGAUGAACGAAAAUAAAUCAAUCCAAAAGACAGAAAGUAAAUACUAAAGUGUCCGUGAAUAAGACACGGGAUUACUUCUGUAAUUCCAUAGUGAAGUCAUUGACAUUUUCAUUUAACUACAAAUAUACGUUUUCUUCUAUAAAGCUGCGCUCGAAAGCUCAGUUCUAAAGAAAUAGAACACUUCAUAUGCAGAAAGGGAAAAUUGAAUGUGAAUAUAAGUUACAAAGAGUUUCAUAUAUGAGAUCGAGUUACACUAGCUCAAAAUCGUAUGUAGUAAUAAAAGGUAGUAUCUCAAAAGAAUUAUGAAAAUUCUACCAAUGUAAAUAUCAACUCGAGAUUAUAUCACGCAACUAAAAUAUUCUUGGACCACACUCGUAUCAGGCACAAAUGGAAACAAACUCUUCAAAAUCUAUGGGAUACACUCGUAUAUAUUAUAAUUCACUCAUAUUAAUUACGAUACAACUAAGGUCAAAUAAGGAGAGCGUCUGUGUGAAAGACACACCGAGAAACAUUUGCCAAAUGACAACAUAAUAUUUAAGAGCGUGCUAAAGACAUACAGGGAACAUGACGACGGAUGUAUUCAAGGCACUACUGUGGAAAAAUACAUGCAGCACAAUAUGAGUUUAUGAGCAUCAGAGUAAUCAGACACAACUGACUACUACAAUGCAUCACCAACCUCCAACAAUUAAACCCAACUGGGGCAAACAGAGACAAAAACAAUAUGUUCCAAAAUCUCUGAUACAGCAGGUUUUGCUUCAUGAUAAUGUCCUAGAGAAACAAACAUUAGAUGUCUCUGUUCGUCUUCUUGGUAUUGAACAUCGUAGAAAACUCCGCCUUAAUGAACUGAACAAAACUAGUUUUAUUUUACAACAAUCAAGAAAACAAAGGCAAUUGGAACAACAUGGUAAUAGUACAGUAUCGUUAAUUCCUGAAGAUGUUGUAAGGAAAUAUGGACAUUUAGCAUGGAAGCCUGGAGAAACAGAUCUUGAUCUUCCAAAAAUUAAAUCUAAAUCUGGCUCUAGGAGAGGCUCUCAUAGACGUUCUAAUACAGCACGUGAUGAAAUAGACAGAGUAGCGGGAGCCAAUGAUAGGCCUGGAUUUGAUCGAUCAGUGACUUUACCAAACCUUGGCAAAAAUCAAAUGCAUAAGCGUAGUGUGUCUGUAAAUGAUGCUGAUGAUGUGAAGUCUAUUGACAUUAAUGCAAAAAGCUUGCUCAUUACAACUCCAAUACACUCUGGUGUAUCCAGGAUGAAGCGGAGUAAAACAUUUCAUUUUGAGACUGAAGAUCAUUUAAAAACAUCAUCAAAAGAUCCUAGAUUUGAGAAAUUAUUUUCAACAUUGAAUACUCCUUAUAAACCACCUUGGCAUCUUCCUAAUGAAAACCACAAAGCUCCUCCCCCUGCCACCAUGUUUGUUUCCCACAGGAGUCUAUCACCGGAGGAUGAACCUCUGCCCACUCCAAGGGAAAAACUAAAUCGCAAUGUGUCAUUUAGACCUGACUCAACAUCAGAAAUUCUUCAGGAUUUAGAGGACUUAGAAAUUAUAAAUGAUGAAGCAGCAGAAAAAGCAGAUAUGGAUGAUUGGUGAUCUCAGGACAUAAUUAAAUAUCAGACAUUUCUGAACACCUCUUUGUGAUAAAGGGUCACUUAUUCAAUAAGAAUAAAAAUGAAUGAUACAAUAUCAGGGAUUGGGUCCCUGGUCUGGACUGGUCUGAAGAUAGUGUUACGCAGAAAUUGAAUUGACUACCUAGAAGUGCCAGUGAUGGUACAUAUAUGGUAUAUUCAGUAAAACCUGGGUAAAUUGAACAUUUUUUGCCAAGAA